AUGUUCGCAUUCUUCGACAUCGCUGAAGACGAGAUCCACGGCUUAGAAAACAAGGUCAUCAUUAUUACUGGAGGCACGUCAGGAAUCGGAUUCGCGACCGCGGAGCUCUUCAGCUCCAAGGGGGCCGUCGUGAUUCAAGCCGACUUGAACCCGCCGCCGAGAACUCUUCCAGGGUCACACUACAUCAAGACGGACGUGACCUCCUGGACAGACCUCGCAUCCCUCUUCCGCAGAGUCGUUGACGACCACGGCAAAAUCGACGUUGCCUUUGCAAAUGCCGGAGUUUCCCCAAAGGCCGAUUAUCUGCAGCUGGCCUCGAAGGAUAAUGGGGACUUGAUUGAGCCCACAAGGCUGUGUCUCGAAAUUAAUCUGGUUGCUGUGGUCAACACUGUUGCGCUGGCUCUUCACUAUAUGCAAAAACAAGAGACUGGAGGGAGUGUGAUCAUGACUACAUCAGUCGCAGGCUAUCAACCCUUUGGUCAGGCAGACUACACUGUAUCGAAACAUGGUGUUGUCGGUAUUCUUCGAGGCAUUCGCGAACACCUCUAUCCCAAGGUUCCCAUCCGCGUCAAUGCGGUUGCUCCCAGCUGGACGGCUACACCAAUCGUCUCCCUGCCCCAUGCCGCUUUCGAAAAGGUGGGCCUCGGUGUCCAACCGCCUUCGAAAGUGGCCCUGGCUGUCGGCCUCCUGGUUACAGACCCGACUCGCCACGCGCAAACCAUCUACAGUGUCAACGGUCGUUACAAGGAGCUUGAGGAGGAAGUCAUGGCCGCCACUGCCACCGCGAUGGGGUUUCACAGUGUGGAAAUGACCGAAGCUGGGAGAUUCCAGGAUCUGGUCAAGGAAGCUGAGGCAGGACUAAGCUCAGACUUGUAG